UCGACUGCUCGGGAACGAUUGGCAACGCUGUAGCAGCCGCUGCUGCUGACUUCAGUAAAGUCAUCCUGUCAAUUUUUCGUGCUCCAAAAAUAGAGGAAUAAAUAAAAUUCGUUUAAUUUUUCCGUAAUUUUUUGUAAAUUAAGAGUUUUUAGACUUCUUUGGUUCCUGUAAAUAGCGUGUAAAUUUUUGUUAUGUUAUAAAAAGACUGAUUAAAACCACACACAUCGGGGCAAUGUCGAAUAAGAAUUCUAUAAACUCAAUAAAUAACACGGGCUUGAAAACAGUUAUUGAUUUAGACCAAAUAUGGGGAGACUUAAAUUUAGGUAUAAGGCAAGUGUACAAUCGAGAGAACAUGUCUAAGAAAAGAUAUAUGGAGCUCUACACACAUGUUUAUAACUAUUGUACAUCAGUUCAUCAACAACAAAACAAUGGUAGAGGCGCAGCAAAUUCGUCCACAAAGAACAAAAAGAAUACUGUUGGUGGAGGUGCUCAACUUGUAGGCAUGGAAUUAUACAAAAGACUUAAGGAAUUUUUAAAAAAUUACCUAAUAAAAUUAUUAGAUGAUGGCAUACAUAGAAUGGAUGAAGACGUUUUAAAGUUUUAUACAGUGCAAUGGGAAGACUACCAGUUUUGUAGCAAGGUGCUUGAUGGUGUUUGUGCUUAUUUAAAUCGACACUGGGUUAAAAGGGAAUGCGAAGAAGGUAGGAAGUAUGUAUAUGAAAUCUAUCAGCUUGCUUUGGUGACAUGGCGUGAUCAUCUGUUUAAACAACUUAAUAAGGCUGUAACUAAUGCUGUUUUAAAGUUAAUAGAAAAAGAACGCCACGGAGAAACAAUUAACACCCGUCUAGUAUCAGGUGUAAUAAAUUGUUAUGUGGAAUUAGGACUGAAUGAAGAGGAACCAGGGGCUAAAGGUCCUAACUUAAGUGUAUACAAAGAGAGCUUCGAAAAUGUCUUCUUGGAGGACACAGAAAGGUUUUAUACCAGGGAAAGUAAUGCAUUUUUGGCUGAAAACCCUGUUACAGAAUACAUGAAAAGGGCCGAACAAAGACUUCAAGAAGAGCAGAAAAGGGUUCAGAUAUACCUUCAUGAGACUACUAGUGAACGUUUAGCUAAAACAUGUGAAAGAGUUCUUAUUCAGAAGCAUUUGGAACUGCUUCAUUCAGAAUUUAAGCAGCUUCUGGAUGCUGACAAAGAUGACGAUCUUGGUAGAAUGUAUAGUUUGGUAGCGAGAAUUCCUGACGGUUUAGGUGAGCUUAGAGGCUUAUUAGAACAGCACAUUGCUGCUCAAGGUUUGGCUGCUAUAGAAAAAUGUGGUGAAAGUGCUCAUAAUGACCCUAAAGUAUAUGUAAAUACCAUCCUAGAGGUGCACAAAAAAUAUAACGCUUUAGUAUUAGUGGCUUUUGGCAAUGACAGUGGUUUUGUCGCUGCUUUAGACAAGGCCUGUGGAAGGUUUAUUAAUACAAACGCAGUAACAAAAUCAGCUAAUUCUUCGAGCAGGUCCCCAGAAUUAUUAGCUAAAUACUGUGAUUUGUUGUUGAAGAAAAGCAAUAAAAAUGCUGAAGAGGCUGAACUAGAAGACACUCUUAACCAAGUUAUGGUAGUUUUUAAAUACAUAGAAGACAAGGAUGUGUUCCAAAAGUUCUAUAGCAAGAUGUUGGCAAAAAGACUUGUGCAGCAUAUGUCAGCCAGCGACGAUGCAGAAGCCUCUAUGAUCUCAAAAUUGAAGCAGGCCUGUGGCUUCGAAUAUACUUCCAAACUGCAAAGAAUGUUCCAAGAUAUAGGGGUUUCAAAGGAUCUUAACGAACAGUUCAGAAACCAUAUGGCUAACUCAAACGAGACACUAGGUAUAGAUUUUAGUAUCCAGGUGUUAUCCUCAGGAUCUUGGCCUUUUCAACAAGGUGUUACUUUUGGAUUGCCAUCUGAGCUUGAAAGAAGUGUGAGUAGGUUUACAAAUUUUUAUGCCAGUCAGCAUUCUGGUAGAAAGCUCAACUGGAUGUAUAACAUGUCUAAAGGAGAACUGAACACAAAUGCUUUUAAAAAUAGGUAUACACUGCAAGCAAGCACUUUUCAAAUGGCUGUUUUACUACAGUUCAACGUAUCAGAUACUUGGACUGUGGCACAAUUAGAGGAGAACACUCAGAUCAAACAAGAUUUUCUUAUACAGGUUAUUCAAAUUUUACUCAAGGCAAAAUUAGUGGUUUGCGAUGAAGACGAGAACGACAUUACAGGGAAUUCCACUGUAUCUGUCAAUUUAGGAUUCAAAAAUAAAAAACUGCGCGUCAACAUUAACAUACCCAUGAAAACCGAACUGAAAAUGGAACAGGAAACCACACAUAAGCACAUUGAAGAAGACAGAAAACUAUUAAUUCAAGCAGCUAUAGUUAGAAUAAUGAAAAUGAGAAAGGUACAUCAGCAUCAACAGCUUGUAGCUGAAGUGCUUAACCAAUUAUCAUCCAGAUUUAAGCCAAGGGUUCAGACUAUUAAGAAAUGCAUAGACAUACUUAUUGAAAAGGAGUAUUUGGAGAGAACCGAAGGCCAGAAAGACGAAUACAAGUAUUUGGCAUGAUAGGGCUCAUUUUUCACAAUAUGUUAAUUUAUUAUCUGACUUUGUAUCCGUAACGUUUGUUUUUUUACAUUUAUUGUUAUUACUGCACUAUUUCUCAGUUAUAAAUUGGAUUGUGUCGAUUGAAAUUUUUAUCAUUGUCGAGAUACUCGAAAAUUUGAGAUUCCUUUUGUAAAAAAAGAAUCUCGCUCAAAAAAUAUGUGCAUGCUGAGAGUUGAGUGAUAUAAACAUGUAUGUAUAACUGUGUAAAUAAUUAGGGUUGUAUUGAAUUUAAAUAUUGAAUAAAAUCGCUAAGUUAUAAGUCGAAUAUACUUAUAUAUUGGUGGAAAUUUUGAGUGCUUGUCAUAUCUAAAGAUCUCUCGUAUAUCAAGAUCAUUCACCUAACUUCAAACUACAAUUAUUUUCAAUUUUUAUUCACAGAUUAUUUUUACCUAGUCAAGUCGUUUUAUAUUUUAUUGAAAUUUUUUUGUCAAUGUAUUUUUAAUUUUUUAUCAGAUUUUUAUUCUUAUAAAAAUACAAAAUCAUGGAUAAUUUUGUUGAUACAUUCUUAUAUUUUAUCUUGCAUUUUAUGUCUUUUAUU